UUGCCGACGACCAUAUCAGUCCAGCUGAGGGAGGAGGAGGAGGAUGACAGGCUGCCAAUGCUGGACACCCCGGAGAGCCUCUUCUUAUCCUCUGAACAGUGGAGGGAGGCGGAUUUGGCCGCGUCAUGCCUCAUGACGGUCACGACCGAUACACAAUACAACUUUCCGCAGCUGACAAAGCUGAGACCGGACAUAAGCACGACGGAUGACCGCCACCGCAAAACGUUUUCGAAUGCUCCCUGUCUGCGGGAACUAUCCGUCGGCUUGCUCGUCCUCAUCACCCACCUUGGCAUCCCUCGACAUCAACUCCGCACACUUACUAUCACCCGCCCGUCGACGCUGAUUGAACUCCUCUCCAUACUGCCAGAGAUGAAGUGCCUUGAAGAACUAUCGCUGAACAGAAUUUGGUUGGAGGAUGAGCCCGGAUGGCUAAGCGAUGCCCAUCUAAACCUUCCCUUGAUCUCAACGCUCUCACUGCUCGGCGAAGACAGCACCAUGUUUAUGCGCCACCUUACACUACCCACCCUGACAAAUCUCCAUCUGGCACAGUUCGACGAGGACGAGGCCAGAUUCUACGUUGUGCCCUGUUUACAGCGGUCCAUGACAAUGGUCACCACGCUUUCGAUGGCGCGCACCAACGCCCCAGCCGCCGUCGCUGUCCUAGAAUCCCCAUCGGUCGGUCCGACGCUCAAGACGCUCACGAUCACACGCUUCCACGUGAAGGACUACGAGCAUGCGGUAUUCGUCAGCCAUUGCGCGCAGCCCACUGCUCUACCCGUCCUGGAGUCGUUCACCGUCGUCGUCCCCGCCGCCGAUCCGCUGCCCAUCACCGUCCGUCCGUUUCUAGAUGCGGUGCGGACACGCGCAGCAAAUUUACUAAGGGAGGGGCUGGAGAGGCCGCUGCAGUUUGUCAUGGAGCUGACGCCAUAUGAGAUGCGGGAAGAGGAGAUGCGGGACUUGAUAGACUUGCAGCGACACUCGAAGGUCUGUGUCCGAAUGCCCCAGGGGCGUCCGGCGUGGAUGAAGCGGUGGGAAUAUGAAGAUUUCGAGAAGUAA